GAUGACAAAAACGACGGUAAAGUGGAUUUUCUACAAUUGAACAAUGAAGUGCAAACGGUUCUGAAACAAUUUGGAGUUUCUACAGUAAAAUGUCGACCAGUGAAGAAGAAUUUCGCCUAUAAUGAUGGAAUUAUUCCGAAGACAGCCGAGGUUCUAGAAGUGCAAUAUGCAAGCAAUUACCCAAAGCUGCCAACCGAUUUGAAAGGGAAUACAUUCAGUCAUGUGUUCAACAUGACUGCAACUGCAAUGGAGCGUUUGUUGAUGGAAGUGGACAUGCGAGGUCCAUCAUGGCUGGAAGUGUCAGAUUAUGGUUUGUGA